CCUCUUCUCUGCAUGACACUAUAAAUAACACUGAUUGACAUCAAGGUUAGGGCUUUUGCUGUGCCACAACGACUCGCAGAGGAUCAAUAUGUUCGUCUUUUAACAGUCCCUUUGCCUCAUUUUGUGGAUGAAGCGUGUCAGUCAGCUGUGAUGUCCAUCAGGUCAAAGUGAGGCUGUUUGUAGAGAGACAUGGAAGUGGUGCUUCUGCUGUUUCUGCUGGUGAGAGCGUCUCAUGGUAUUGAGACAUCCUGUGAUGCCAGACAGAGUGGAACUCAGUGUUACGGAGCUCUGAAUGGAACUGUGGUUCUGCAUCUGACGGACAUCAUCAGUGGAUAUGAACUUCGCUUUGCUGGACUUAUUAGAAAUCUAGUCUUCGUAAUGAAAAAUCAGAAAGUUGUUUACUUUAAUAAAAAAAACGAAGCAAAAAAUGAUAGCCGUAUUUACUUUGAAACCAAGACUGGGACACUGAGAAUCAAUAAAAUAUGGAAAGAGUAUUCAGACAAUUACACCCUACAAAUAACUAAUGAUUCUAGUGGAGCGACUUCAGACCGAAUAUUACAACUGUCUAUUGAAGCCCCUGUGUCCUCCCCCAGGCUGGUCAUCUCAGAGUGUCUCCCCCAGGGACAGAUGAGGAUGUCCUGCUCCUGUAAGGGGGACAGUCCCUGGUACAGCUGGACUCUGAAUGGACAAGCGCUGAAAGACUCCAGGGUGGUCCAUGAUAAAGAGAGCAGCAGUGUGACUCUGGAGAGAGGCAUGUCCGGACAGCUCACCUGUACUGUUAACAACCACAUCAGUAACGCCACUGUGGACCUGGAUGUGUCAACAUGCAAUGGUACAAAAUACGUUAACUGCACAUCAUCCAAUGGGACAGAGGUAUCAGACUGGGUCAGUCCCACUGGUCCUAACCUGUGUACCAGAACUACCACCACAAACCCCACCACCACUCUGACAACCUCUGGUAAGGGGACUACCAGCGUAGCCACCUCCAGACCCUCCAAUCACACCACCCAGGGCCUGGCCUGGCCAGGGCCUAGAGAUAUGAUAGUGAUUGUAGCAGGGUCAGUGGCUGGAGUCCUGCUCAUCGGUGUCCUUCUGGGCAUUUACUUUGUGCAGUGCAGAAAGAAGACUGCUGCUUCUGCAGAAGAUGAAGGUGAGGUGACCUACGCCGAUGUCCGAUUCGUGACAAAGAACCAGGAUAGACAGAAGAAGAAGAAGCAGCCUCCUGUUGAGGUGGUGUACGGCGAGGUGAAGGUGUCCGGGGCCGCCAGCCGUCAGGAGCAGAGACCCAGCAGGGAAGUAGAGUAUGGCGAGGUGAUGAUUAUGACACGCCCCGGGAGGAAGGUGGACAAGCCUCAGGAGGAAUGUGUGUAUUCAUCUGUACGCUAACACCGUGCCUUAACUGAUGUUCUCAUUCAUGCUCUAGAGCCUACAAUUAGCCCCUACAGUUAUUUAUUUUUUAAAGUCUUGGCAAGUCUUGGCAGCAUUGAGCGUCCCGGUCCCCUCCGUUCUCAAGCACUCUCAUGAACAGUUAGUUCCGAUCAAGUAAUUUGAUUGGACAAAAGGUUUUCGUGCUAUUCUUUGGAGAUAGCAGUUGGCCUACCAGGACUUUAAAGUGUGUGCAUCACUGUGCUUACAUUAACGACCUUUACUGUAUUAGAUGUUGACACAUCGGAAUAUACCACCAAAAAGACAACAGAAUCUCAUUUCGAUGUUUGUUCAUGGGCUAACUUCAACCACGCGGCACGCCCGUAACUGCCAUUAAUUUCUCAUUUGACGUGGUCGGAACCACUCUGGUUCGGGGACAAACUGGAGCUUGGCAAGAUGGAUUCUCACAUGGUCAUGAUCUCCAGAAUCUAACUGUCUUUCAUCUAGCUUGAAUUUCGUUGUUAUGUGCAAUUACAGUAAAGGCAUUCAUUAAUUCAAGGUUACCGUUAUCUUUAAUUUGUAAACAUCUUUAUUUGACCCUUUACUCAGGGGCCUGUUUCCUCUGUCUAUCUGUAACUUCCUCUGUACUUCUCAUCACUUCCCCUUACUCACGAUGCCUUAUAACGGCUUUGUCACCUGUGGUCACUGAAAGAGCACAAAUAGUUUUACAGAGACUUCUCUUUUUGUCUAACACAUCUUUCAGAUUAUAUUUUUUCUCAGAUUUUUUUUUAUUGUGGUUUUUGGGUUCUUACUUGUAAGGAAAUGUAAAUAGUUCCAUAUGUAUAUAUUUUAUAUGUUAAGUAAAGUAUAAGACACAUUCAUGGGAGGUAUGUUAUUAUUUUAUAAAUUCUUUACACAAUUAUAUAAUUAUGAAAUCACAGCUCUGGAAUAAAUUAAGAGACCACUGCACCUUAAAGUGAUGAAAAGGACAAUAAUGAGUGAGGAUCAGACGGGUAAAAUGUAAUCGGCCACGGGAAAUUUUAUCCUGGUGUUCCUCACUCAAAAUGUUCAUUCUCAACUUAUUUCAAAAGGAAAGGUGCAGUGGUCUCUUAGUUUUUUUCCAGAGCUGUAUGUCAUUUCAAUGGCACAAUCUUUUCAUAGUAGUGGUGAAAAUUCAACUGUAACUAUCUACCAGUUUUGGGUGUAAAAAAACUGCAGUUGUAGCUGGUUCCCUGGGUACAGUGCCUACCACCAA